AUGGCGACCACCCACGAUAUUGUGGUGUUCGGAGGUGACCACUGCGGUCCCGAGGUUGUUGCCGAGGGCAUCAAGGUCCUGAAGGCAGUGGAGGCAAACAGCUCUGGAGUCAAGUUCAACCUCCAAGAACACCUCCUCGGUGGCGCCUCUAUUGACGCCACCGGCUCCCCCCUUACCGACGAGGCCCUCGCGGCCGCCAACGCAGCUUCGGCUGUGCUCCUCGGCGCCAUCGGCGGCCCCAAAUGGGGCACCGGCGCCGUUCGCCCGGAACAGGGCCUCCUCCGCCUCCGCAAAGAGAUGGGUGCCUACGGCAACCUGCGCCCCUGCAACUUUGCCUCCGACGCCCUCGUUGACUUCUCCCCGCUCAAGGCUGAGGUCUGCCGCGGCACCGACUUUGUCGUGGUUCGUGAGCUGACCGGUGGCAUCUACUUCGGCGACCGCAUCGAGGACAACGGUGAUGGCAAGGCUAUGGACACGGAACCCUACAGCCGGCCAGAGAUUGAGCGUGUGGCGCGUCUUGCGGGUUUCCUCGCCAUUGCGCGCGGCGACAAGACGGUGUGGAGUCUUGACAAGGCCAACGUGUUGGCGACGAGCCGACUGUGGAGAAAGGUCACGACCGAGGUGUUUGAGAAGGAGUUCCCCCAGCUCGAGAUCAAGCACCAGCUCAUCGAUUCUGCGGCCAUGAUGAUGGUUAAGAGCCCGCGCGCUCUCAACGGCGUCGUCUUCACGAGCAACCUCUUCGGUGACAUCAUCUCCGACGAGGCGAGUGUCAUCCCCGGCAGCAUUGGUCUCCUGCCCAGCGCGAGUCUCAGCGGUAUCCCCGACGGCAAGGGUCGGUGCAACGGCAUCUACGAGCCCAUCCACGGCUCCGCGCCAGACAUCUCCGGUCAGGGCAUCGUCAACCCCAUCGGCACCAUCCUCUCCAUCGCCAUGAUGCUCCGCUACUCCCUCAACCUGCCCAAGGAGGCCCAGGCGGUCGAGGACGCCGUUAAGAACGUGCUCGAUGGCGGUCUUCGCACCAAGGACAUUGGAGGCAGCGCUGGCACUGUCGAGGUCGGCGACGCUAUCACGAAGGAGGUUGUCAAGAUCCUGUCGAGCUAG